CAGAUGGCACUGUCCAAAAGGGAACAACACUGAGAGACUCAUCACAGUCAAACCCGAGCUGUUUAAAAUUUCCCCUCAUAACAUCCCAAGACAACAGAGCAGAAUGGCUGCAGACAUCAAGAUGCUAGUCUGCAUUGGACUUGCUGUUGUAUUAACAGGCAUGGGAAAGUCUGCCUUUGUUGGAAAGAGCCACAGCGAAGGAAGAGAUAAUCUGGUGCUGCAGUACGUAGUUGACAACUCCCUAAGAGAGCAUCCAGUCCUCACCAAACUCAGACUGAGGACCCUUGAAGAUGAGUGGAGCAGAGUGAUGGUGGCAGCAGAGCAAGCCCAGUUUAUGGCAAAUCUCAUAAGACUGAUCAAUGCAACAAAAGCAAUUGAAAUUGGGAUGUACACUGGAUACAAUGCUCUGAGCAUGGCUUUGGCCAUGCCAGAGAAUGGACGAGUGGUAGCUUGUGAAAUAGAAGACAGCUAUGUGGAAAUAGCCAAACCCUUUUUUAAAGAGGCUGGAAUGGAAAAUAAGAUAGAUGUACAGCAUCAAAUUGCACUUAAAACUCUGGAUGAACUGAUAGCAGCCGGGGAAGUAGGAACAUACGACUUUGUGUUCAUCGAUGCAGAUAAAUCCAACUAUCACAGAUACUAUGAGAAGUCUCUGGAGCUCAUACGAAGUGGUGGUAUAAUUGCAAUUGACAAUGUGCUGUGGAGUGGAAGGGUUGUGAACCCUGCACCCAAUGAUACCACAUCUCAGACUCUAGAUGCUCUUAAUAAGAAGAUACACAAGGAUCAGAGAGUUGAACUGAGCAUGCUCACUGUCGGGGACGGGCUGACCAUUGCCAUUAAAUGUUGAAAGGGGAAUUUUUAUAUGGCAAUUGUGUUGUGUUUUGAUUGUGCUAUUCAUUAUCAGAUUAAAGUGUGCAAUCCUUCCCAAAGUUACCUUUCUUUUUAUGAAUUCAAAACUUCUGAGUCUCCACAGUUAUAGACAUCAGUAUUGUAAUAACAUGUAAUAGCAUUUAAUAACAAUAAAAAUAUGUUGAGCUUCUCUGAA